AAUAGAGCACUUUCAAGCUUGAACCAGCAUCCAGCUACUCAGGAACACGCACAGCCUGUGGUUCAAACCCUCUGCAGCACCGACACCAGAAAUAUAUCCAGAAUCAUGAAGCCCGAGGUCUUCCUUUGCCUGCUGCUGAACUGCUGCUUCCUACACGAUGCUGACUGCAAAAGCCCUCCACUUCCAGACUGCCAGCAAGUUCAGUGUCCAGCCUGCCCUGCCAACCACAAAGCAGUGUUUGUUGGGAAUCAAUGCUGCCCUCGUUGCAUCCCAUCCCCUCGGUGUCUCUGCCCUCCCCACCUGAAACAUGGUUGUCCCAAGGAUGGAUACCUUCGUCAGGGAGAGUCCGUGUACAUUGACUUUGGCACCCAAAAGUGUACUUGUAUAUCUCCUAACAACAUUCAAUGUGCUUCAGUUUGCCCUGAAAUUCCUCCAACAUGCAAGUAUAUAGGAAGGCCUAUGGAUGGCUGUGGUGUAUGUGCUUGUCGCAUUAACGAUUAUCAUUAUGUAGAAGCUGGAGGAAAGAUUGAAAAAGAAUGUGAAACUUGCGUAUGUCCUCCAGAUGGUGGAGAACUUGAGUGCACAGCCACCUGCAAGAAAGUUGUGUAAAAGAGAUUUUUCAUGCUGAAUCAGAAAAAUAAUACUGGGUAGAAAGGAUUUGUAAGCUGAUUUGAAUCCUUUCUUAGGAGAAAGAUAAGGUACAAAAUGAAUGAAUGAACAAAUAAACCAAUUGCAUUAUUAAAGAA